AUGUGUAUGUUGUCUAGGGGAAGCUGGAGAAGGCUGUUCCUGUAUGAGCUGGCUCUGGACAUCAGGGAGAAGAGUUUUGGACCCAAACACCCCAGUGUGGCCACAGCAUUGGUUAACCUGUACUCUCCUGCCAACUGGUGAGAGGACCAACACUGCUAACAGUUCACUGCAUACCAGUCACGGGUUCAAAUACUUUAAAAAUCCUUUCAAAUACUUGAGCGUUUCCUUGAGUUUGCCUGGAGUGCCAGGUGUGUGCAGUUUUGAGACGUUUGUAUUGGUUUAUUAAGCCAGGCAAGCUCAAACAGGUACAGUUUGUAAUUAUUUCUCACAUAUUUGAAACCCAGGUCUUCUGUAUACAUACUAGGGAAAGAUGGGAACUGAUGGAACGCAUACAGCUGUGUAUGAUUUGAUUUGAAUUGAUUCCCCCAACUUAAUUAGAUUUCAAAUGGUAAUUCAGACUGUUUCUCUGUACAGAUUCUGUCAGGACAUUGGUCUGACUGUGUUAUUGUGUGUCUGACAGAAGAAGCACAGUGAGGUGCUGACCCUGUAUUAACAGGCUCUGAGAGUGGAUGAGGACAGUCUGGGACGCUAACACCCACGGGUCAGAGAGACGCUGAAGAAUCUAGCUAUACUCAGGUGAGUGCUCACACACACAGACAUGGAUGCAAACACACACAUACACACACUGAAAAAAGAUGCAUCACAAUUGUAAUUUUAUUGAUAUAAAAUAGGAAACCUACACUUAUCAAACUUACUAGACCUACCAAUCCUACAUUAUUCAAUCCUAUCUUACUUCUACUUCUAAUUCACAGGAAGCCCAUCUCUGCAGCCAACUCCAACAACCCCAGAAUGGCUUCCAGUUUCUCGAUCUCUUUAUCAGAAAAGACUCGUAAAACUUCAUCCUCAUAAAACUCCCUCCUUACUUUCCUGUAGUACUCUACCUUGUUCCUAAUCUCCAUGGGCUUGUGGAAUAGACUCUUUUUUAUUGUUUCAACUGCGGAAUUGCCCCUUUAAUGGGUGUACUUUGCAUCAUGUAAAAUCAGUAUAGCUUUGAGCCCACACAGUGGCAGAUGCACGCACACACACACGCGUGCGCGCACACACAUACACACACACACACACACACACACAGUGGUGUAAAGUACAUAAGUAAAAAAUACUUUAAAGUACUACUUAAGUCGUUUUUUGGGAUAUCUGUACUUUACUAUUUAUAUUUUUGACUACUUUUAGUCCACUACAUUCCUAAACAAAAUAAUGUACUUUUUACUCCAUACAUUUUCCCUGACACCCAAAUGUACUCGUUAUAUUUAGAAGGCUUAGCAGGACAGGAAAAUUGACAAAUUCACACACUUAUCAAGAUAACAUCCCUGGCUUCUGAUCUGGCGGACUCACAAAACACAAAUGGUUUGUUUGUAAAUUAUGUGUGUGUGUGUGCCCCAUACAAAAAAUAAAAAAGAAGUGUUCCAUCUGGUUUGCUUAAUAUCAGGAAUGUGAAAUAAUUUAUACUUUUACUUUUGAUACUUCCGUAUAUUUUUGCCAUUACAUUUACUUUUGAUACUUAAGUAUAUUUAAAACCAAAUACUUUUAGACUUUUACUCAAGUAGUAUUUUACUGGGUGACUUUCAUUUUUACUUGAGUCAUUUUCUAUUAUGACAAUUGGGUACUUUAUCCACCACUGCACACACACACCAUCUUAUUGUUAAUAUAAUGUACAUACAGUACUAUGAGCUGAAUGACUAGUUUUAUCAUCAUUGUCAUCAACCCCAUAUUUUAUGAACCUUGUUUCCUCUCUUCUCUGUCCAUCUUCAUCUCCUCCCUCUCUUUCCCCCAGCUAUGAUGGGGACUUUAAGAAAGCUGCCGAGCUCUACAAGCAAGACAGGGAGAUCAGAGGCAGAGCCGUCUCUGGUGUGUGGGAAGGCCCCGUCUCGACACUCGUCCAGUGGGGACACGUUUAGCCUGCGAGGGCCCGCCCCUCUCCCACACGCCCCCAGGUGAUCCCUCCCUCUACCGCCCCUCUCAAGAACACAGGUGGAGGAUCUCAUUUUGUCUUUCCUUGAUCCUGUGUUUCCAUUUUCUCGUCUCUUUCUAGAAAUGCAUUGGAGGAGAAGGUCCGAGGGUAGGGACCUUGCAUCUUCCCCUGUAAUGCAUUUUGAGAAGGGGGGAAAAGGAGAAAAGACAUGCAGAAUCAAG